CUCAAGCUCAGCGGCUACUGACAGAUGCUGCACGCACGCACAUGCGCAAACGAAUUGUUAUUCCCAGCGGCUGAGUUGCUCCCCCGUCCGUCUUUGAUCGACGGUGUCGGCGCGCUCUAGAAUUCAAUGGUUGUCACCAGAGCCAACGAGUGCCCUGUGCGAGGAUGCAAGCGAGGCUGUUGAAGAUUUCCGCUGUGCCAAUUACCUGCAUCUUCUCUACCAACGUAUUAACUUUUAUGUUGACACGUCGUGGUAUAUCGAACUACCGAAUUAAAAAUGCUUCUGGGUUUAAUGCAAUUGAGAAGCUGUCAGAAUUCCUUACCCGAUGCGCCUCGGAAUUUCCAGAAGGUCCAGAACAGCACUGAUCCCUGUUCAGAGCUGUCAGACUGUCCGUGCCGCCCAAUCAUGACUCGCGAGUCAAUCAUUUCUGGCUCGCCGUUUGCAAAAGAAGCUGCCCGUUGAUCCCGUGGCAAAAUGUCAAAGCUGUCUCUAACCGACGUUGUUAUCAUCAUUCAAGACAUUGUCGUCUGAGGCGUUGGGUUUGUGCCGAGACACGCAUUUUUUUUUAUUCCAACGGUGAAUGUAACACAUCAAUUGAUAUGCGGGCUAACACUCAGACACUGCCCUACGCGGCCAUUUCUUAAGCAUAUCCAUUGAAAGGAUUCAAUAAUUCGUGAGACGUAUCCACCAUCAGCCUCAGCCCAGUAAAACUCAAGGCUAGAAUCAAAAAUAAAAAUAAAACAGCACUAAACGUUUCCCGUCUCUUUCUUUCCUCAGAAGCAAAUCCGCAUUCACCGAAGCGAACAAAACUCGCUCCUCGCCUAUCGAUCCAGACGCCCCCCACGUCCAAAGAGCUCCCCGGCACUGUUCCGCGCAGCGUGGCGAGGUCAAUCGCCGUUGGACAUUUCGUGGGUUAAAAGAAAAAAAAAAACAUCCCGAGGCCUAGAAGGUCAACCAAACGUUCUAAAUGUUUUGGCGAACACCGAAGAUGGAGUCGUUGUGAGACAAUUGUCGGGAAAUAAUUGUAACAUGCAGAUUUAAAACAUGCUGAUAUGAUCAAUUGAUGGUCGAGACCGGUCGGGUGUCAGGGAUUGUAGAUGAAGCGGAUACGUUUAAAAGCGAAAUGCAUCCAGGAACGAGAAUUAGAUGCAAAAUGUGAGGGUAUACGGACAGACACAUGUUUUCGUGUUCCCGCUCUGUUUGAAUGCCGUGCAUGCAACCCAAAACCCCCAUGUCGACGUCUGUUCUCAAUCAACCUCCAUCUCAUCUCUUCUGUCUAUACCCGCGAUCUCAAUUCAUCCACCAAGCAAUCUUGACUCUCUCCCGAAACUUCACCUUGACCCGUAUGUUGAUCCGUAUAAUUACCUCAAUGAAUCUCUGAAUAUACACAAAAUCGUCACAGCUCCUCGGAUCAGUUACGUCGCAAUGGGUCGAUGAUUCACCACUAAAGCAGCCUCCCGUCCGCUGUCCCGGGAACAAAGCAAGUUCAAACGCUGCACAUCAUUAAAAACCCCCCCAUCGUUGAGAUUUCACCCGUGGUGGUGGAAUAACCGGGAUUGCGAUGAAAAGUGGCCUGAUUUUGCCAACAGCCCAUUUUGGACUGACCUGCCCACCCAACGCGUGAGCGGAGGGGGCCGGAACGGAGGGCACGUGUUAGGUUAGAUGUACUCCCCCACCAAGUUUUCGGUGCGAGGGGACCUGGGCUGCAUCGCGGGAAAUAAUCGUCGAAACGUGCCUCUCGUCGUCCGUUUGAUGGUGUGUUUUACGGUAUCACGAGAACGGUGUUUCGGGAAUCGCCAUUUAAACGCGGGUCUCGUCGUACCUUUUUUAUCAUCGGCGCGUUCUGAGAUUCACCGGGUCUUCACCGUAGAGUUACAGAAGCGGGAGAAGAACACCGAGAGGGGUGAGGAGAGCUUGCGGCGUCUACUGCGGCAUCUUGCGGCACGGCUAGUGGCAUCUCUAGAGAGGGAGGGCUGAAACACGGUGACGUUGGAAGGUAUUUGGGCAGCAGGGACUUGUCAUCACGAUGGGUAAGUGACGGGCAAUUGCAGAUGUUCGUUCUGAUAUGAUCCUCUUCACUAUCGUAUUUCGUUCUCGUUUUUCUUGUUUUUUUUUUUUUUUUUUAAUCUUGGUGAAGGAUCGAUAUGACGUUGAAGUGUCAAUCCGUUGAUCAUCCCCACAGAAAUUGGGAUGCCAUCAAUCAGCCCUGUCCUAGCGUGUCAAGCUAUCAAUCAGCCUUCGGAUCCGCACUUUUCACGAGGCAUAGCAUCUUGACUCAAUCUCAUUCCUUUGCCCGUGCUUUUCUAAAUCAGCCACAAAUUUUAAUUCACGGGCUCGCGCAGCUGAAUCAGUCACAGUUACAUUGAGUUUAGAGGGAGGAAUUCCGUGUUGGUUCUGGCUUUUUUUUGUUUUUGUUUUUUGUGACAUGGCGCGGCGUAAAACGUCCCUGCAGCGGGCCGCGUCGGCUAACCAUUUCCAUAAACCAGUGUGUGUCAAUGGAAUGCUACCCUCUCUCUCUCUCCCUCCGCAAAUUGACUCUCACUGCAAAAUACAUGACAUUGUCACGGCAAAGGCUCUCUGUUCUUUUUACGGUAGUUGCUUCACAAGCGCUGACAUUUCAUCUCAACCCGUCCCUCUCAUCUACGUAGUAUCUGGUCUUUGUCGUUUGACUGGAGCAAUCUAAAGUCAAUCUCCUCUGUCACAUUUCUUGGUUCGACUGCGGCAGCGUCCGGUGUCCGUGCUUCGUAAAUCGCAACACGAUCAUCUCGACUCUUUCCAUUUCCUCAUCUAGUCCUUGUCAUUUCCCCUCAAUCGUUCGAGGGGGAGGUGAUGUCACCCAAGCCUUUUUCUUCCUUGUACGACCUGAAGCUAUUUCGUCUCUUCUCGAGACUCAAUUGAAGCUGGGUACACACAAUGGAACCCUGCAUAAGCUCAUGCUUCAGUUGGUGCUCGCUCGGCCGGGCGGGGGGAGCUCUGUCCUCUUCUCUCUCGUCUCGUCUCCACAUGAGCUAAGCUACCCAAGCUUUGAUCCCCAAUUCACGAGGGUGUCGUUUUCGUUUUUUGUCAAACGUUGUUCCGCUGUGGCGUUCAUGUGCUGUAACUUAAGACAUUCCUUCCCCUUUUUCUUGUGUGUCUCUAAUUGAGUGGAUGCUACGCUGAGACAAAAACGUUGGUGUUGGCGUUGGCCGUUUGUCUUGAGGCCUCUGCCUCUUUAGCUUCCCCCUCAAUUCGUGUUCGACCCCGGAUGGUAGAUGUGACGCCAACAGCGAGAAAACAUGAUGUCUCAUAAAUUCGUGCACGAACAAACGAACCAACACUUCCCCAUGUAAUUUAAUCAGCCACCCUAUUCCUUUUUUCGUUUGCGACAAAAGGUCUUUUCUGAUCACAUCCUCUUUCGUUGCCAUCUUUUCCUUGCUUUACGUGCAUCGACAUCAUACGCCAAUGCAUCCUUCACUGCGUAACGCAGUUCAAUCCCCCCCCUCUUCGUUUAGCCAAGACAACACUGCAGGAUCUCCCUCUCUCUGUUGUUUGCCGAAUCUCACCUCGCCCGCUGUACUGUAACAUCCCGCACCGCCCACUGAUCGACACUCUUCUUUUCUGCUUUGGGCUAUACGGUGCCUUCAGCUCGCCAAUCUAGCAAUGAGUUGAGAUCCACUUGAUUCAUAGCCAAGAUUCAGAGAGGAGAACUUAUCCUGGUCGUAGCCCGUUCCAGACGCAAACGUCAAAGAUGCCUAAGCCAUGUGUAAGAAAUUUCUGCUGUGCGGUCUUGACACCGUGGACCGGACAACUCGGAGCCGCGACUUUUAAUCUUUGGAUCUGGGACACUCCGGUGAAGUUAAAUGGCACGAGGCAUGAUCUUAUUGAACAAUUGUGAGAUUGACAUGAGUUUGAUCCACUGUCUAACGCAUCCGGUGACAUUAAGAGUGGAGGUGGCUGGCUAUUAUUAUCCCGUGCAUGCGCGGAACUCGUGCUCUUGCUGGUUGAGAACUGCGAUGCCGGAAGAGGCGGGGGAUUUAGACGCGGUGGUUCUUUUUUAGCGGUCUCAGGUUGAAGGAAUUGAGUUCUCCUAUGUAAGCGGAAGUGCUGCUGUACUUCGUGUUGGUCGUUGGUCGUUGGUGAUUGAGCUUGAGGUCCGGCUCCGUGUCGGCCGACGAGGGAGCCGAGACGCCGUGAUGUCGGAUCAUGAGUCGGGAAUUGAGAUUUGAUGAGAGGUAGUGAAACAGAAAUUGAAUCUCAAUUAAUCAUCUUUUUACUCUCCACGGAUUUGACGCCGCGUGGAUGAGUUGGAGUGAGAUGAAGUGAGGCGAGCAUCUGAGGGCUGGUUCAAUUGCGACCGCGCUGCUCGUCGUUCAACACGAGGACAUUAUCGCAGAGCCGCAUAUCGCGGAUGCAGCCGAGCAAGGUCGACCGUUCAAGAGAAAUAAUUAAAGGCUAAGAGAUCUAAGUUCUUCAUCAUCAUUUGUCUAGCAUAGCAGUUGACAUCGUGUAAUGAAGUGUCAGUGACGCG